CUCCUUAGUGCGUGGGGUUGGCUGAUUUCGGUGGGUGGACUGAGUGCUACAGUAGCGAAGACAAUUUCUCUCUCUCUCUCUCUCUCGUUGUUGUUGUAGCUGUUUUUGUUGGAAAGAUAGAGUGAGGGAGGAAUCAGAACAUGUUGUGCAAUAAUUUCUCAUAGAUCCAUUAUAGCUACAAUCUUUCUUCGUUGUUGAAUGGUGUUGACGGGUUGGAGAUUCGGCUGUUCUCGUGGGAAGAUUUGUUAUAGCAUAAUUUGGUUUUGUUUCGAUGGAUAUGAGAUUCGGUAGUGAUUGAAGGUGGAAUCGUUAUUAGAAAUUUCAGAUAAAUUACAAUUUUCUUUUAUAUGGAAUGUGCGAGUAGUAGAAACUAAGACAAUUGGUAUCACGAUGGGAGGGAUUUGCUCAAGGAGAUCCACUGUCGAUAUUUCACCUGGUGGAAUUCUACCGCGUGCCAAUGGUCAUUUUGAUAAUCAUGAACCUUAUCAAUCUCGUGGACUCUCAACAAAGGAGAAAAGUAAUAGGACUCCACUAUCAGCAGUAGAGAAUGUGGAUAAGCAGUUGAGGGAACCUGUCUCAUUUUCUGAGAGGUCCACGCCAGGGCAUGGGAAUGAUAUCGAUCAGAUGGAUAUGGGGCCAGGGGACCCGCGGUUGUCAAGAGCUCUGUCGCACAAAUCUAGAUCGACUAAGUCGAAGCCGGGAGUGGCUGCAAAGAUUGGUGCGACCAAGGUUUCUGAAGUGAGCUCACUUUUGGGCAGAGCUGGCACUGUUGGGCUUGGAAAGGCAGUGGAGGUUUUGGACACGCUUGGGAGUAGCAUGACAAAUUUGAACCUCAGCAGUGGAUUUGGCUCAGGGGUGGCAACCAAAGGAAAUAAAAUAUCUAUUUUGUCUUUUGAGGUUGCAAACACAAUAGUUAAGGGUGCGAAUCUCAUGCAAUCCCUUUCAAAGGAAAACAUAAAGCACUUGAAAGAAGUGGUGCUUCCUUCAGAAGGUGUACAAACUUUAGUAUCUAAAGAUAUGGAUGAACUACUGACUAUUGCCUCUGUUGACAAGAGGGAUGAGCUGAAGGUUUUUUCAGGAGAAGUGGUUCGUUUUGGAAAUCGUUGUAAGGAUCCGCAGUGGCACCACUUGGACCGCUAUUUUGAUAAACUUGGUUCCGAAAUUACCCCACAGAGGCAAUCAAGAGAGGAGGCUGAAGCAGUUAUGCAGCAGUUGAUGACUUUGGUUCAGUAUACAGCUGAAUUAUACCACGAGCUGCAUGCCUUGGACAGAUUUGAACAAGAUUAUCGAAGGAAACUACAGGAAGAGGAGAAUUCAAAUGCAGUUCAAAGAGGAGACAGCCUAGCAAUCUUAAGGGCAGAGUUAAAAAGCCAAAGGAAGCAUGUAAGAAGUCUUAAGAAAAAAUCACUCUGGUCCAAGAUUUUGGAAGAGGUAAUGGAGAAGCUUGUGGACAUUGUCCACUUCUUACAUCUAGAGAUCCAUGAUGCUUUCGGUAGUGCAGAUGGUGAUAAGCCAGUCAAGGGAUCUCUCUACAAUCAUCAGAGACUGGGUUCUGCUGGCCUUGCAUUGCACUAUGCAAAUAUCAUCAAUCAAAUUGAUACUCUCGUAUCUCGAUCCAGUUCUGUGCCUCCAAAUACAAGGGACACGUUAUACCAAGGACUGCCACCUAGCGUAAAGUCAGCUUUACGCUCGAAGUUACAAUCAUUUCAUGUCAAAGAAGAGCUCACUGUUCCUCAAAUCAAAGCCGAGAUGGAGAAAACUUUGCACUGGCUCGUCCCAAUUGCUACUAACACAACCAAGGCACAUCAUGGUUUUGGUUGGGUUGGAGAGUGGGCAAAUACAGGUUCUGAGAUGAAUCGAAAGCCAGCUGGACAAAAUGACAUAAUCCGGAUAGAGACACUCCAUCAUGCAGACAAGGUGAAGACUGAGUCCUACAUACUCGAGUUAGUAGUGUGGCUUCACCAUCUCAUCAGCCAGUCAAGGUCUGGGGCUAAUGGUGGCAUCAAGUCUCCUAUUAAAUCUCCAAUGCGGUCGCAUAUGCAAACGAAUUCGAUAGUACAAUUGCCUGCAAACAAAUCCAAUGCACCUUCUUCCAUACUAACCCUGGAGGACCAGGAAUUGCUACGCGACGUGAACUUCAGAAAAUUGACACCCGGAAUAAGCAAAAGCCAGGAAUUCGACACUGUGAAGACUAGAUUGAACAAGCACAACCGGCUGAGUAAAAGUAAUAGCCAUUCCCCUACCACUGGAAGUAAGAAGGAGGCAUUUAGCAUAAGAAGGCUGACAUCCACCGUUCCCGUCAUUGACUUCGACAUUGAUAGGAUCAAAGCAUUGGACGUCAUCGAUAGAGUGGACACUUUUAGAAGCUUAUCAAAUUCCAUGUGAAGAUUUGUGUCUUUGUCUGUGCUAAGUGUAGGCUGGCUGGGCACAUGCAUCCCAUUGGAUUCCUAUUAGUGGAGUGGGGUGAGAAUCCAAAGAAGAUUGAUCUGAUGUGGGGCCUGUGGGGUGCAGAGGAAAUUUAUGUAAAGAUAUGUGGAGAUGAUGAGUGAUACAAAUGGAUACUUUUGUAAGUAAAUGAUAGAAGAUGAACAUGGGUGGUUUGUAUUAUACAAGGGAAUUUAUGGAUCACUCCAUUGCAAAUGUUUGGAGAUCAGUUUUUCCAAAGGAACUUUGUUUCUCAUGUAUGUACCAGGUACGCACGCAAUGAUUUUCUUAAUAAUUCAAGUCCACGUUUUCA